GAAUCUGACGUUUCUAAUCAAGGUCGUUCAACGUCAAUUUUUGUUCCAAUCUAGUUCAGUAAUCUGAGUUUUGAACUGAUUUAGGUGGAGCUAAUUCGUUAUUCUGAAAUGAACAAGUGCUUGUAAUCCAAUCACAUACAAUUGCCACAUUGUCUCAAGGUUUCUGGACAAUAAUCGUGGUCGUUUCAGUUUUUACAGUGCUUACAUAAAUAUGGAUUCAUUUCUUAUCAGCCAAGAAUCUGGACAUCCCAUUGAAAAAGAUUUCGCCUUCAAUAACAAUGUCGCUAAUGCGCAUGUAACAGUUCGACUAAGAUUUUUACGAAAAGUCUACGGUAUUCUAUUCACACAACUUUUACUCACUUCAUUAUGUUCUGGAACAAUGAUGAUUUUAAAACCUGUUCUAUUGGAUAACCUUCGACAGAAUACAUGGUUACCAAUUAUACUUAUCAUAAGUACAAUCGGAAUUCUAUUGGGAUUAAUGUGGAAAAGACAGGAAACACCAACUAAUUUUAUAUUAUUAUACUUAUUUACUAUAUGUGAAUCUAUACUCGUGGGAUAUGCAGUGAUUACAUAUUCUGCAACUGUUGUACUUCAAGCAUUUAUAUUAACCACCAUAGUUGUUAUGUCUUUGAUGUUGUACACACUGAAUUCCAAGAAAGAUUUCAGUAAAUGGGGUGUAGGAUUAUCAGUUGCUUUUCUCAUUUUACUAUUAGUUGGACCCAUUAACUUAUUUCUAGGUUCAUCAUUAUUGGAGUUAUGUAUGGCAGCCGGUGGUGCUUGCCUAUUCAGUUUAUUCAUAGUUUAUGAUACUUGGCGAAUAAUGCAUCAUUGUUCACCGGAAGAAUAUAUUAUGGCAUGCGUUGAUUUAUACUUGGAUAUAUUAAAUCUGUUUAUGUAUAUUUUAAGAUUUUUAAAAGAACUACAACAUAAUCAAGGUUAAUCAAAUUGGUUGUGUUCAGUAAUUAUUUACUAUGAAAUAAGCGUAUUUGUGAUUUCAAUAUUUAUUAUUCAUCACACUUAAACCACAUAUUUAUUUAUCGAUAUUUAACUGCUAAUGCCCAAGUCAUGAAUGAAUUGUUUCAACUUUUUUUAUGGACUACUAUUACUACUACUAAUUUCACAACUAUUGGAAAGAAACUGACAAACUUUAUCCUUGAAUUGUCCCUUUCACAUUUCUUGAUACUGUCUUCCUCUUCGUCCCUUUUCUGAUCCUUUUUAAUUUCUCUUAGCUUUUUGACUGAUCAUAUAAAUGAAGUACACGAAUGCACCAUACUAACUCGUGUAUUCGUGUGUGUACGUGCAUAUUCCAAUAUUUUUUGCUUAUCCUUUUUUUCAGUUGAUAAAAUUAACACUUUCUCAUACUAUUGAAUAAUAAAUGAUUUAUAACUCA